AUGUCUUCUGCAGAGUCUGAUGGCAACCGACAGCCGGGGCUCAUUGCCCUUUGUGUCGUGAUGCUCAUAUUGGCCGUGGUGUCGGUUGCCCUCCGCUGCUGGUCUAUCUGGGGGUCGCGCAAUCAUAGGUUUGGCUAUGAUGACGCAUUUGCCAUCCUAACAUUGCCCUUCAUUAUGGCCGAAUCGGCCCUUAUAUUCUACUGGAUCUCUCUGGGCUUGGGCCGUCAUUCAGCCACAUUACCCGUGAGCAAUCAAAUUGCGGGGCCUAAGAUUAUCUUCGCCGCCGCCUACUUAUACGAUGCAUGCAUUACCUUCCCGAAAUUAUCGGUGCUCUGCUUCUACCAUCGAGUCCUGGGACGGGGAGCUACUUGGGUCCGCCCCGCACUCUGGACGGUUGGUGCGCUCUGCGUUGGCUGGCUAGUCGGGGUCUGGUUGGCGACCAUCUUCCAGUGUACGCCCAUUGAUGCCGCCUGGGAGGCUGUUCCCGACGCCAGAUGCUUCACGCAAUGGAAAUUCUUUACCGGGACUGCUGCCCCCAGUGCGAUCCUGGAUUUGAUUAUCCUAUUGAUCCCGCUACCACUUCUCUGGUCGUUGCACAUGACCAAGGCGAAGAAGGUUAUGCUAACUGGCCUCUUUAUUUGCGGUUAUUCGGUGGUCAUCUUGUCUAUCGGUCGUCUCGUUACUCUCCUCAAGGCCGGCUCUUCCUUGGAAGAGGAUCUGACAUGGAGCACCAUUGAAUAUAUCUGUUGGGUGCAGUGUGAAGGCCCGAUUUCUCUCAUGUCCGUCUGUCUACCUAACAUUAUGGAACUUGCACGCCGCCUGCGGAGCAAAAAUAAGCAACCCACCACAAGCGCAAUAUCAUUAUCUAGGAGCAAGCAAACUGCCUCGGAGUUGUUGAGUGGCAACCGAUCAUUUCAUCCCCUCGACGAAGACACAGAGGCUAUCCUGAUGGGCCGGUUCUCAGGGAAUCCGAGCAGGUAUUCCACUAAAACCACCAUCGAAGCAAGGCGAUCGGUCUCGGAGCAGGAUAGUGUCUGA